AUGCCCCGUUCCGCCAUUGUACAAGAGUACAACCCCACUCCCACGCUCUCGGUCGACCGCAAAUCCGCCCAGCAUCAACAUGAAGGCAUCAUCGCGCGGCCAUCGGGCUACCGGGUAUCAUGGCACGCAAACCCUGCGGUAGAACUGCAUCACUUCGGCCAGUCGCACCCAAUGAAGCCAUGGCGCCUCACACUCACCAAACAACUUGUGCUCGCCUACGGCAUGCAUCAUGCGAUGGACCUAUACCACUGUCGUGCCGCAACUGUUGAAGAGCUCAGCGACUUCCACACAUCCGAUUACCUGGACUUUUUGCAGACAGUGGUGCCAGGUGACAUGAAUGACGCGCAAGCGUCCAAGGAUUUCAGCGAAAACAUCGUCCGCUUCAAUUUUGGCGACGAUUGCCCCAUCUUCGACGGCCUAUUCCAAUACUGCUCGCUGUACGCGGGAGCCUCGCUCGACGCCGCCCGCAAGCUCUGCAACAAUCAGGCAGAUAUCGCAAUCAACUGGUCUGGCGGGCUGCAUCACGCCAAAAAGGCCGAGGCCAGCGGCUUCUGCUACGUAAAUGAUAUUGUGCUUGCGAUCCUGCAGCUCCUCCGCAUACACCCGCGCGUUAUGUACAUCGAUAUUGACGUCCAUCACGGCGACGGUGUUGAGCAAGCCUUCUGGUCUACCGACCGCGUCCUCACAGUUUCGUUUCAUAAAUAUGACAAGGAGAACUUUUUCCCGGGCACAGGGCCCUUAGAUAGUACAGGGCCAACACACCCGCUCAACCCAGGCGCUCAUCACGCAGUCAAUGUACCCCUCCACGACGGCAUCGACGACGAAUCUUAUGUCCAGCUCUUCAAGGACGUUGUAGGUGCCUGUGUCAGCAAGUUCCGACCGGCCGCUAUUGUCCUCCAGUGCGGCGCCGACUCGUUGGGCUGCGACAGACUUGGCUGCUUCAACUUGAAUGUGGCCGCACACGGCGCCUGCGUCGCGUACACAAAGACAUUCGGACUACCUAUGCUCGUCGUCGGCGGCGGCGGCUACACCCCGCGCAACGUCUCACGAGCCUGGGCGCACGAAACCUCCAUACUAAUCGACGCCCAAGACAAAAUCAACCCCGUUAUUCCGUCCAAUGUUGCAUUUCGGAACCAUUUCGGCCCGGACUUCUCGCUGUUUCCGCCGCUGUCGGAGAUGCGCAAGCUCGAAAACAAGAACUCGCGCGCUUACUUGGCGACAAUUGUGCAGACGAUCACGGAGCAGCUGAGGUAUUUGCAGGCGGCGCCGAGCGUGCAGAUGUCUGUGAUUCCGCCGGAUCUAUUAGGGCUCAGGGAGGAAACGGAGAAAGAAAUCGAGGAGGAGAUUGCGAAGUUGGAAGAGAAAAGGGAGGAGGCCGAAGGUGGGAAGAAUUCUCGGAGGAGAGAUGCGGAGAAGGGUGCUGGACUGCGGGGAGAGUUGUAUUCUUGA